AUGAAAGAUAAUGCCCCAAAUUCGGUUCAAGUACAGGGUUCUUCGACUAAAAGUCCCCCCUGGGUGAGUAUAAAAGAGACAUUAUUCUCACAAGGGGUAUUCAGUUGUGGUCCAAUAACUACAAAGAUAAAAAUGAAAUUCUUCUUAAUCUUCUUGGCCUGUUUCGGCCUUUCCUACGGCUCGCUCAGAGACGAUUUACUCGAGCUCACCUCAACCAUUCCCAUCGAUGAAUGGAAAGCAGUUUCUGCACGUUUCCGUGAAGGAGACAGCGAAUACGGAAGAGUUCUCGGCUACCUCCAAGGUGCAACCGGAGAUUGGCAAGGUUUAGUUGAACGCGUUAGGGACAACGCUCAAUGGCAAGGAUUCAAAGAUUGGCUUUUGGAACGUGGCGUCGAUUUGCAAAUCGUAGUCGAUCAAGUUCACGAUUUGAUCAACGGCGUUGAAAUUGGACCCGGUGGAGAUAUGGGUGGAGUUAGGGCUCUCGUCGAUGAAUGCCUUGAAUAUUUCUCUUUGGAUGCCGUCGCCGCUAAAUUAGAUGAACUUUUGAGCGACAGUGGCGAUUUCGUUGAAUUUUUCGAGAGGAUUUCUAGCUCUGAAUCCAGGUCCUUCUUAGAAGAUUUCUUGUUUGACGAUUACGAAGUCCAAUAUUUGGUUGAAACCCUCACCGCUUACGGAAUCGAUGUUCAAAGAGUUAAGGACGUCCUUUAUGGUUUACUUGGUUGGGCUUAAACCUUUUGAUUUAACAUUUGGUUUGUAAAGUUUUUAAAUUACGUAAUAAUAAAUUGUUUAUAAAAUUAGUUA